AUGAAAAGCCAAAGCUCAACCAGUGCUACGGGCCAGUCCUCUUCAGUAUCAUCGUCAUGGCUCUUUGAUGGUGUGAGACUCCGAUCCCUUCUUGUUCAUGCUUCUUUGAUGGCCAUUCUCUUUGAGUUGAUUUUCAAUUUUCUGAUAAUUAAAUACGUGAAAUACACGGAAAUUGAUUGGAUUGCUUAUAUGCAAGAAGUGAAAGGAUUUUUGAAUGGAGAUUGGGACUACUCUCAUUUGCAUGGACAAACCGGUCCUUUGGUGUAUCCUGCUCUUUUUGUUUACAUUUAUUCUAUAUUGAAUAUUAUUACUUUGGAUGGAUCCAGAGAGAUUGGCCAAAUUAUUUUUGCAAUAAUUUAUGUUGCUCUAUUUGCUGUAGUAAUUUUGAUUUACAUUAGAUAUACAUCAUUUGACAAGAACAGCUUGACAUUUUAUUGGAUCAUUAUCAUGCUCAUGAUCAGCAAAAGAAUACAUUCAAUAUUUGUGUUGAGAAUGUUUAAUGAUUGCAUUGCAAUGUUUUUCUUAUAUUUGGCAGUACUUGCAUUCUGUAAAGAUAAUUUUAAUUUUGGGCUUUUGUUUUACAGCUGUGCGUUGGGUGUGAAAAUGAAUAUUUUACUAUUUUUCCCUGCUGUCGGAAUUUUAACAGUUCAAAGAUUUGGAUUUACAUUUAAAGCAAUUGCAAAAUUAGUGCUCUUUGUUAUUGGUCUACAAGUAGUAUUUGCAUUGCCUUUCAUAUACGAAAAUGCCUACGAGUAUUUCCACUAUGCUUUUGACUUUGGAAGAGAAUUUACAUAUAUUUGGACGGUGAACUUUAAAUUUCUAUCUGAGGAUGUUUUUAGAUCAAAAUUGCUCUCAAGGUCUCUUUUGGCUGGCCAUGCUUUGGUUUUACUGAUAUUUAUCUUUUCUAAGUGGUGUGUUGGACAGCGAUUUAAAAAUGUGUUUUACUUAUUAUUCAAGUACAAGAAUGUUGAAAAUAAGCCUCUCGAUACCAAUCACAUUAUUUAUAUGAUGUUCACUUCGAAUUUUAUUGGAAUUGUUUUUGCUCGCUCGCUGCAUUACCAAUUCUACGUUUGGUAUUUCCACACUAUUCCCUAUUUACUCAUGUACAUUCCUUAUUUCAAGCACAACCUUGCACGGCUAGUGUUGUUUUUGUGUAUUGAGGUUGUUUGGAAUGUUUACCCAAGCACUCCAAUCACAAGCAUUGCCUUGCAUGUUUGUCAUGCCAUAAUUUUGGUUGGGUUGCUUGUCACUCCUCCACCCCAAAAACUCGAAUAA